AUGGACUCGGUCACGAUUCUAGCCACCGGCACAAACAGUGGCUUGGGCUUUGCAGUCUGCUGUCGUCUUAUAGACGAGUUCCUACAUACAGCAUCACCGACCAAGAAGCUUAGCCUCUUGUUCUCCACUCGAGACACUCAGAAGCGGAAGACUACAACGGACAAGCUUAGCAAACAUCUGGACAAUACGAUUGGAACAAUACAUCGCAAUGAUAGUGCCACGGCUGCUACAGUAAGAUCGCGAGUUGUUCUACGAGGAGUUCUCCUUGAUCUCUCGCGGCUCGUAUCUGUCAAAGCCCUGGCAGACAUGCUUCUUACAGAAGGGAAUCCUCUCGAUGUUGUGAUCUGGAACGCUGGAAUGACUGGCUGGUCAGCAAAGGAUGUCGUAUACCACACGACCCAUCCUCACUCAGCGAAAGUGCCAAUCGGGCAACUGGCCAAGCCGCAGCUCCCAUCCUCGCCCAUAGAUAGGAGCCCAUCGACCGAGCCAGCACCGGGGCAAGUCUAUUUGGCAAAUGUGUUUGGUCAUUACAUGUUGACACACUGGUUGUCGCCGCUCUUCGACUCUCAAACACGCAUAAAUUGGGUCGGAAGUAUCUGCGCUACAGCCGAUGCCUUACACCUUGAUGAUAUACAGGGCCUCAAGACGAACCUAGUAUACGAAGGCUCCAAGAGGCUCAUUGAACUCCUGGUGCUAACGUCCGAGCUUCCUUCCACAGCAUCGAGUGUCAAGGACUUUCUGGCUGCCUCAGAUUCACGACCGAAGAUAUAUAUCACGCAUCCCGGUGUCUGCCCGACCUCUAUUGCAGCUCUAGGCUGGCCUUUAACGAUCAUGAUGGGCCUCAUGCUCUACGCGUCCAGGCUACUAGGGUCACGGUGGCACGUCGUUGGAGCAUACAAAGGCGCUGUCAGUAUUGUACACUGUGCAAUAGCACCAUUCGAUCAACUUGACGAGAGGGAGCGUGUAGACGGCAAGGGAAAAUGGAGGAGCGUAGUGUCGGCUAGAGGUCACGGAGAAGUCUUAAGGGCGGAUACCGAAGGCUGGGGAUACUGCGGAAAGGUCGAUGUCAUAAAGGAGGAUAGCAUGACCAGCACAGUUGGGAAAUAUCGGUUGCACCAGCCUCUAACGCUAGAGACGCAGAGUCAAUUUGGCCGCGAUGGAGAGAGAGCUUGGAAAGUGCUCGAGCAGAUAAAAAACGAGUGGAAUACCCUCCUUAGAUCUAACAGCCGAUUGUAA